AAUCUACUUAAUCGCAAGUUGUAGAAAAUGGUUAUGGGGCACCGAGAAGAGUAAGUUGUUGUUUGGUCGAAGUUUUCUAACAAGACAUUAUGGCUUAUUUGCGAUGUCUACAGAGUGUAAAAGCAAUCUCAAAAGAUGAAGAAUCUGGUACUAAGCGUGUAAAACCAGCUGAUCUUGACAUCUAUUUUGAGCCCAAGUCAGUUAUACCAUAUUCUUCACUAGAGGAAAAACCUUAUGCUUUCCAGAAAUAUGUAUCUGUUGUUCGAAAGAAACUUUGGAGAUUCAAAGACGUUACUUUAAAUGCAUAUAAAUCAGCAGAGGCAUCCGUUGUUGGUGCCAAAGAUGGAAUUGUCGAUGUUUAUGAAUCUGCUAAAAGUGAUCCCCUCUCGAUGGUUAGGCCGGGCUGCAUAACUGCUGCCGUCAUAGCAGGAGCUGUUGUCCAGGGAAGAGGAAAGAAACCUUUCUUGAGACUUUCUAGUGCAUCAGUUGCAGGUGCUCUCGUUGCAAGUGUUGCUUACCCAGAUAAAGCGUUUAAGGUUGCUAAAAAUGUUUACAUGGUAACAAAAGAUGCUAGUGUUUCUUUAGCAGAAAGAAUGCGUAAUAUAGCAGAUCAAGCUAAGGGAACAAAAACAGAUGAAUUAGCCAAUGCAACUAUGAAUCAUGAACGUGAAACAGCUGGUGAACAAUCAGACGACGAAGGAACAGGAGAAUUCCCAGAGGUUGCUACAGUAGGUCAUGAUACUCAUGCGAUUAAUACAGAUGAAAGUUCAGUGGAAGCGGAGAGAAUGCCAGCUGAAAGAGAUCCUCAAAUUGAAGGCAUUGCUUUGAUACAAGAACCUUUAGAUAUUGUGAUAAACAUCAUUAAAGAUGACAGUGGAGAAGAGAUAUGUUUAUUAGAAAAUUCAGUAACAAAAUCAAAUGCAGAUGACAGCAAAGAGGAGGGCAGUGAAGGAGCAAUGCCAAGUACUGAUUCAGUUGAAAGCUCUUUGUCAGUUGAAGAGAAGAACAUUGAGACAGAAGUGACUGAAAGUAAAUCAGAAGUAUUGUUGAUUGAUAAUGAUGAGAAAAACCAGGGAUCACCCAAUGACGUAUCACACAUGCAAGAUGAGGAGAAGCCAGGAAUAGCAUCUGAAACACAAAUAAAUCCAACUAAAACUUAUAUUCCCAAUGAAGAAGUUAUGAAAAGUGAAGAAGUGAAAGAAGAAAAAUCUCCUUCUACUGACAAUGUAGAUUAUGGGCAAUCAAGUCCAGAAGAUCAAGAUAUGUACUCUACAAGAACAUAAGAUUCACAAAUACAUCAUUUAUCAAUUAUAUUGCAGAUGCUGUAAUCAAGACAUAUUUGUUGUUCACUGCCAUUUUAUCAUUUUUUCGAAAGA